UCUACAAAACAAUUGUGGAAAAGUGGGAAAACUCGCGCGCGUGUGUGUGUGUGUGAUUGUGUCUGUACGAAAACGAACAAUAGAAAACCAGAUAGAAAAUCAGCAGAGAAAACAAUCAGCCAAAGCAACAGCCAGAGCAGCAACUAUAAUUUUAGUACUUUUGUUUAUCUUUUUUUAUUCGGUAUAUGCUUCGGUUACGAUGUCGUUGAUGAAAAUCCAUCGAGGCAAUGAAUCAUUUUGCAGUUGCUGGUUGCUGUUGCUGGUGGCAUUGUUGUUGGCUGAGGCGGCAUCAGCAGCAGCGGCAGCAUUAAGUGAAACGCAGACGAAUGCAACUAAUGGUGCAAUUAGAGAGCCGCCUGUGCAACAGCAACAGCAACAACAGCAGCAGCAGCAGCAGCAGCAACUUCAACUGAAUGCGACCGCCGGCGACGGCGAAAGCCGAAAUUCAGCGGAAAUUUUCAGCCCCAGCGAUGUGGAUGCGGUUGGCGAUAAACCCACCACUUACAGGCCCUCGGGUGCCAACCGACCCUCGAUUGCACCAGUCAAUUCCGCUCAGGAUCGUGAGAGGAAGCUGAUGAAUGUGCUGGCGGCCCGUCGUACAGCUCUGCACAGAGGUGGCUUCCGCACCAGGAUAGGCACCACUGGACGAAGUGCCAUUUCGCCAUCGGCGGCAGUAGAGAGUACUUCCAAGGCACCCAGUGAUCCAAGAUCUGUGUGCAUUCGGAAUUGCACCAAGAACUUCACUCGCCGAACCACCGCCAGUUGCAUGCGACAAUGUGCCAACUUCACCCGCAUGGCAAUGGCCUCGAGUGGCAAUAGUUCGGUGGUGGUAAAGAGCUCUGGUUCCGUUAAGGCAGCCGCUUCUGCUGGAGAUCGAGAUACCAACGAGAUCCUCUUCAGUGAUGAGUCCUCCCAUGGACUCUUUGUGGUGGCAAAGGAGCAAAAUGCCACCGUGAAUCAUAUUGGAGAUGGUACCAAACCUCCAGUGAUGGGUAAGGGUAUACCCAGCAAAACCAACUCAAUGGAGGACGAUGCUGAGGAGGAGGAGGAUGAGCUUAAGCCAUAUGUCUACUUUGGAGCCAAAUUACCGCCCAUUCGUCCAGGUGGCUUGACCAUUAAAGCUGCUGAGGGAGACGAUGAACAUCCGCGCGUGCUGGAGGUUUCUGUGGCACAGAGCACCACCACCACCACGCUUACCACAUCUAGCACCACACCUGCCCCAGUUAGCACCAGCAGACCCACUGCCUCCACUCGAAGACCAUUAACGCCUGUAGAAAGAAGUCGCAGCAAAUACAAGUACCAUAUGAGGGAAAGGGGAUUGGUACCAGCAGCUGCCCCACCAGCACUGGCACCACCUGCCCCGCCUGUGAGUCGCACGAGGUAUGUGGGUUCAGGGAGACCCACAGCUGGACUGGCAGAUUCACUCCAGGAACUCAAGGAUACCGAAUCGGAAGUUGCCAAGCCGGUGGUGCGUAGGCUGGUGCAAAAGGUAUCACCCUCAUCUUCGACACCACUGAUUAUCACUGUACUGAGUGCAGAGGAGGAAACCACAGUGGGGCAGACGGAAGUUCUUCCUACAGAAGAAACCACCACAACGUCGACCACAACAACGGAGAAACCAUCCACAACAACAAGUACCAGUACAACCACAACGACGACAACAACAUCAUUACCGAGCACCACAAAGAGAACUACUACUACCACUCCAUCAACGACGAGCACAACGACCACAACCACUACAACGAGUAGUACCACACCCAGCACCACCACCACAAGCAGCACUUCAACCACUGCCAUUCCCACCACAACGAAAGUCAACUCCAUCAUAGAAAAGGACAAAGAGCUCAUCAGAGCCUUGGGACCAGCAUUGACCCAGGAGAUAAACAUCGAGGAUGCGAAUAACUUGAUCAUAUUCUGCAACAAUACCUCCGAUUGUGGGGUAACACCACGCACUCAGACUCAGCAAUCUCACACCACCGAUUCCAGUCCAAAGAUCUUGCGCACCACUGUCCUGACCUCGAUAAGAUCCACUGUGCAUCCAAGGCCCACUAGCACUAGUACGAGUACCACAACCACUACACCUACACCAGUGACAGUACCAUCUGGUGAGGUCUACAUAGGUGUUGUGGAGUCAUCUUCUUCGGUUCCUCCCUUGGACAUUAGCUCCACGGUGAUAGCCAAUGAAAGGGAUUUGAAUCUUGAGAUGAGACGAAUGAAUCUGGUCACCUUAGUUCUGGUGGCCGUGGGAGUGAUUCCCUUAGCUGCCAUUAUCCUCUAUUUAGUGCGCAACUACGUGGUGCGACGACGGGCCAAGCAAGGUGAGGUUUUCGACGUUUGCAUCACAGAUCAGCAGCCUAUAAGUCCAGUGAAGAAGGUGGACUCCAAGUACCAGGUGGAUGAUGAUGAUGAUGAGGUGGAUCAUCCGCAUCACCAGCACACGCAGCAGCAUCAUCAGCACCACCAGGCCAUGCCCAUGUCACAGGCGGCUCAGCGGGAUGCGAACCACAACAGAUAUAGUAAUAAUGAUGACAAGACAUCGUUGGCCAGUGAGUUCCAGGAGUUCGAAAGGAGUAAUAUUCGACUGAAGAGUCUUCUGGGUGAGGGAAACUUUGGUCAGGUGUGGAAAGCAGAGGCUGAUGAUUUGAGUGGACACUUUGGAGCCACUAGAAUCGUGGCAGUGAAGACAAUCAGAGCUUGUAGUGCCCAGGUGAGCCUCAAGGACGAGGCCAGCAUAAUGCGCAAGCUAGGCUCCCAUCAAAAUGUGGUUACCCUACUGGGAGCCUGUGUGGAAAGUGAACCCCACAUGCUUAUUAUGGAAUAUGCCAUGAGGGGACGACUUCUGUCCCUUCUGAGAGCAGCUAGAAGUGCCACAAACAUAUUGCCAGCCUCAGUGCCAGGCGGUCGAAGUCUGGCUCCCUUAUCGCCACGCACCUUGGCAGGGUUUGCCUUGGAUAUAGCUUGUGGAAUGGAGUACAUAGCAGGCAGAAGGGUUGUCCAUCGAGACUUGGCUGCUCGCAAUGUGCUCCUCGAUCACAAUGGCAUGUGCAAGAUCUGUGACUUUGGCAUGUCCAUCGAUCUGGAUGCAGAGCGAUUACGCAAGGAGCAGGAGAAGAAUGCAGCCAAUGAUCUGAUGCGCCACAAUGCCCACAAGUUUAAGUUUGACUUUGGGAGCAGAUACAUCCUCCAGCACUGGCAGCACACCUUUGGCCAGGGUCAGGGUCACUGCUCCAAAGAUCAUCCGCAUGGAGAGAAGAAGUCACACCAUGGUCACGAUACCAUUGGCAAACGCCAUGCCCUGCCCAUAAGAUGGAUGGCUCCGGAGAGCCUGCAAUACCAUAUGUUCACCACCGAAACAGACAUUUGGGCCUUUGGCAUCGUCCUGUGGGAGAUUGCCACUCUGGGCUCUACGCCGUACUCCCAGCUAACGGGACGCGAGGUCAUCCGCCGCGUGCCACAGGGUCUGAGACCCGAUCUUCCCAAGGAGAGCCGGCACGAGUUCUACAACCUGAUGUCCCGCUGCUGGCACAAGGAACCGCACAUGCGACCCUCAUUCGCCCAGUCGAGGCUGGAGAUCACCAGGUCACUGCACAAGUGGGUGGACGAUGAUUCGGCGGCGUCGGAUUACAUGGACGUGAGUGGGUUCAGUGAGGACUUGGAGCAUGGAGUGGUUUACUUUAACCACCGGAUCUCGGAGUUCGAAUGCGAGAUAUGACGCUGACUGAACCAACCCAUUCCCGGUCCAUGACCCUUCCUCCAACUAACUGUGCAUCUCAGCCACUGCAUCCACAACUCAUCCACCGCCCCACAUCAUCGCUUUUCUGCCCAUCUUUAGUUCUUUCGAAAUUCUCUCCUUACUUGAUGACGUGCUUGUCGAGCAGUAUUAUUUGUAUUUUAUUGUUAAUUUUCCAUUUCGAUACCCAAGAAAGUUUCUGUCAUUGUAAAUAUUUAUUUGUUGUUAAAAAACAAAACACGAAAAAUGCUUAUGAUUUACGAUCUAGGGCUUAUGAUUAAUUAAUGGCGCUACACCUAUGCCUAGUUUAAUAUUCGUCACUUAGUUCUUCUAGUCUGUAUCUGAAAAUCCCAUCUUCGAGUUGAGCUAUUUCCCUUGGACGUAGCCAAGAUUUGACUGCACAAAAGGAAACUUUGUUAUUCCCCCUCCCCAUCAGUUGUGAAAAAUGAAAAUCGUUGAUUUAGGCGUGCAGCGCAUAGGAUCUAUGUAAUUGUAUUGAUAUCUAGCUAUAGAAUUGUACAAAUAAAUUAAUUAAACACGAAAUAUAAUUAUGAUUAUUACACCA